AGAGUCGAAUGAUUCUGGAUGCCUUUGCCCAGCAAUGCAGCCGGGUUCUAAGUCUCUUAAAUUGCGGUGGAAAACUACUGGACAACAACCACUCUCAGUCCAUGAUUUCGUGCAUAAAGCAGGAAAACUCAAAUUACAGUGAAAGACAAGAGCAAUGUCAGCUUGGGAAAAUGGUCCAUAGUCAGACAUCAGACAUUUUAGACAUAGAGAUGCAGUAUAUGCAAAAGAAGCAACAAACCUCAGCCUUUCUGAGAGUUUUUACUGAUUCCCUUCAGAACUAUUUGCUUUCUGGGAGCUUCCCUUCUCAGAACACCUCAUCAGUAAAUGAUUUCAGCCAUUUGGCAGAUGUGGAUCCACUUUCAACCUCUCCAGUACACACUUUAGGUGGAUGGACAUCUCCAGCAACGUCUGAAUCUCAUGGUCACCCAUCAUCUUCUACACUUCCAGAGGAGGAAGAGGAGGAAGAGGAAGAAGGUUACUGCCCUCGGUGUCAAGAGCUAGAGCAAGAGGUAAUUUCAUUGCAACAAGAAAAUGAGGAACUUCGUAGAAAAUUGGAGAGCAUUCCAGUGCCCUGCCAGACUGUUUUAGAUUAUUUGAAGACUGUACUUCAGCAUCACAACCAGCUUAUGGUACCACAGCCAACAGACCAUCCGACUGAGGGGAGCAAGCAGUUGCUGAACAACUACCCAGUCUACAUCACUAGUAAACAGUGGGAUGAGGCUGUAAAUUCUUCCAAGAAAGACGGACGACGGCUCCUUCGCUAUCUCAUCAGAUUUGUUUUCACAACCGAUGAGCUUAAGUACUCAUGCGGCCUUGGGAAAAGGAAAAGGUCAGUGCAGUCAGGAGAGACAGGUCCUGAAAGACGUCCUCUGGAUCCAGUAAAAGUAACAUGUCUCAGAGAGUUCAUUAGGAUGCACUGUACUUCCAACCCAGACUGGUGGAUGCCAUCCGAAGAGCAAAUAAACAAGGUGUUCAGCGACGCGGUGGGACAUGCUCGUCAGGGGCGCGCCGUGGGGACUUUCCUGCACAACGGGAACUCGUAUUACGAAGGGACUGACCAUCCAGGGUCACAGGAUGAGGUCUUCAAUAGAGGUAUGCAAGAUGGAUCUGGCGAUUGAUGCCAGUGAGAGGAACCUCACACAACAGUAGCAACCGUUUAAUUUAGGAGAGACUAUUUGUUAAGCAUACUUACCCUGCUGUCAUUUAGGAGUCCAAAGCAUGUUUGAAAGCAUACCGCAUACCUUUCAGCUUCUCCAUCCUACCAUUUCCCACUUAACAGAAAGAAAUCAAAUUUCAAGACCUGCUUUAUGGAAUUUCUCAGUGCCUAUUAUUUUCAAAUCCUUCAUAGCACCCUCAAAGGGAAAUUGCAGCUCAUUUCAUCUAAUUCUA